AUGAGUGAUCCUCAACAACAAGACAUUCAAUCAUCAUUUUCUUCAGAAUUACCAGCACAAUGGAAAUCAUCUGCUAUUCCACUUAAUCGAAGAGAACAAGUUCAUCGUUAUGUUGGAAUUAUCCCUUAUCCAUCCAAUCAAACUUCUGCGUUCUUACUAAUCUUAACUUGUCACAGAAAUAGAAAAUAUCAACUCAUUAUUAUGGAACAACCACAACAAUGCCGGAUGUCUGGAUUUGGAGAAAAAGAUCGACGACCUAUUGAUCCCGCACCAAUUAUUCAAUUGAUGAUUUAUGAUGAGAAUGAUCAACCCAUCGAUUUAAAAGAAUGUCCUCUUUGUGUAUUACAUGCAUCGUUAUGGUCAAAAGAUCAUCUUGAACCAUUGGAUACCGUACAAACCGUUCGUCAAAACCUAUCAUUUCCAUCAUCCUCGACAUUAAUAUCAUCAUCCAGUUGUUUCACAGCAUCUUCAAACCAAGUACGUGCCAUGACAGGUUCAUUAUCCAGUUCACCUUCACUGUUACGUAACCAAGAACAAGAAUUAGGAAUCUAUUUUUCAUUCCCUGAUCUCAGUGUUCGUGUAGCCAAUACCUAUAGUUUGAGAUUUGAUUUGGUCAUUCUAUCAGAUUCAUGUCAAACUGCUACCUCAGUAGCUUAUAUCUAUUCCAAUCCUUUUAUUGUCUAUUCAACCAAAGAUUUUCCUGGUGUCAAAGAAUCAAGUGAGUUGGCCAAGACACUUUCCAAACAAGGUUUGAAAGUAUCUGUUAAACAUUCUAUACGACCCAAAAAAAAGGAUACCUUAUCCCUAGAAUAG